GAAGGAGAGACUGCAUUAGAAGAAGCAUUAGAGCUCUCUUCACUGUUGUCAGUUGUUAUAACCUAAACCUCGAUCAUGGCCUGUAAUGCUGGGGCCGUACCCUUCUGCCAACAGCAACAGCUGACAGUGAUUCCCGCAGGUUUACAAGCAUUGUACACAGCAUGCAGUGCGCUGUAUACGGACCAACCGAACCCGCUCCAAGUAGCAGCGGUGGUAAAAUACUGGCUUGGCGGACCGGAUCCCCUCGACUACAUAUCGAUGUACUCUCACGCGGGAGAUCCCGAGAACGAAGUGCCACCCCAUUGGCACUACGUGUCUUUCGGUCUGUCCGAUCUGCACGGGGAUGGUCGGGUGCACGACAUUACGGGUUCCGACACUCCUUCGGGUUUCGGCUUCGAGCUGACGUUCCGACUCAAAAAAGAAGAGGGGGACGCCGCUCCACCAACCUGGCCCGCAGCGGUGAUGCAGGGGUUGGCAAAAUACGUUUUCCAAUCAGACAAUUUUCUGUGUGAGGGGGAUCACGUAUCCUGGCAUUGUCCCCUUGAUAACAGCGAAUCUCGUAUCCAGCACAUGCUUAUGGCGUUGGAUCCCCAGCUGCGUACGGUUCAGACACCCUUCGGCUCGGUACAAUUCAUUCAGAUAGUGGGUGUUUGUAACGAGGAGUUGAAAUCCGCACAACACUGGAACGGACGCAGUUUCCUCGACCUCAUGAAAGCUGUCCCAGGGGCUGGUGGGCCGUGGCUAGUCACAGAUAUGCGACGCGGAGAAAGCAUAUUCGAAAUCGACACCGACGUUGAAGAGGCUGUGCAGAUGGGGAUCGCGGAGGACGGUUCCGACUUAUCUGGGGUCGGAGCGAAGAUCAGCUGGUCCGAAGAAAUGCUACCUCCCAAUAUGACAACCACGGUAUCCGAGAAUCCUGAAAGGGGAAAUGUUGAAAGCCCUACCUUCGGCAAGAACGACGAGGAGGGGCUUGAGGAGGGUAUGCCCCUUCCCACCAAACGGUUGAAGGCUUCACAUAUCCAAAUAAAUUUGGAGGCUGGCCUGCUGCUGCCUCUAAUGUUGAAAGGCCGUUUGCAACACGGUCGGCAUUUCACUUUCAAAUCCGCGUUGGAUUCGAGUGCCUUAACUUUCGUUGUCGCAUCCGUUCGGGGUGCUUUCGUGACCGAGGACGAGCCUUUUGGCUGUCAGGGGCAAUGGUGUCAAAUAUUGAUCCAAGACGAUCUUCUACAAGACAUGAUCGAGGAUAUGGAUCACCUCUCCAAGGCAGAAUCUCAGAAUCUAUCACUACCUAAAACGUACAAUUAUCCUCAUCAUCAUUUGUCUAUUACGAUCCUGCCGGAAGACGAUUUUUGA